UCGGUAAUUGUUCCUCAACGCUCGGCUUAGCUCGGAAUCUUUUAAACUUCUGAAUAAGCUACUGUAUAUAUACAAAAAAAAAAAUCACGUCUUUGAACAGCUGACUGGAUUUUAAAAUUAACACUUCAGUGUUGUGGUUUCUAGAGAGCGGAGUACAGUCUUUUUAUAAUACACUGACGACAGUUCUGUUUUUUGUGAGUUUUGUAUUUUUGAUGACAGUGGAAUAUCACCUUUAACAGGACUAAAGAUAAUGCAGCUGCCUCGAAGUCUCGCCCAACUCUCGUUGGUAUUUCUGUCAUGUCUUUCUUUGACGAGAGGUCUGAGUGAGGGAGAUGCUAAUGUCUGCGAUAAGACCGUAUCAUAUACACAAGUGUAUACGAUAGCAGUACAGGUUCCCUAUCAGAAAUGCACGCAGACCUGGUGUUCUAGCAUUUGGAAUUUAUUCAGAUGUACCCAGUGCUACACGCUAUAUAAGACCGGAUAUAAACAAGAAACCAGAACCCUAUACCGGAAACAGUACCACUGUUGUGAGGGAUUCGUCCUGUCUAACGGACAAUGCAUAUCGCAUUGUACUUCCGGUUGUGUAAAUGGAAAUUGUACAGGACCGGAUACGUGUGUGUGUCAUGAGGGAUGGCGCGGGAAAGACUGCAGCUCAAACUGUCCCCCCGACACCUGGGGACCUAGCUGUCAGAGCCAGUGUGAUUGUAGUGGACACGGCCAGUGUGACCCAGACUCGGGACAUUGCAUGUGUGCAGCAGGUUACACGGGGGAACGAUGCCAGACACGGUGCCCGGAAGGUUCCUAUGGUCCUAAUUGUCAGCUGAUGUGUAAAUGUCAAAACGGAGCCACCUGUAGCGCCACCAACGGAGCUUGUUUCUGUCCCCCUGGGUACCACGGGGGUCUCUGUGAAUCUCACUGCCCACAAGGUUCCAUGGAUGCCCAUUGUAAUUCUACAUGUCAAUGUCAGAAUGGCGCCGGAUGUAACACAGAUACCGGAAGUUGUUUAUGUAAGCCCGGAUGGAAGGGAGAUAUCUGUUCGGAGCCUUGUGAGGAGGGAUACUACGGUUCUAACUGUGACCAGAUCUGUAGUUGCUAUAACAAUGCCACCUGUGACUCCAAAACCGGAAGUUGUAUCUGCGGACCCGGAUAUAUUGGAGAAGAUUGUACAGAAGAGUGCCCCAUUGGUUCGUAUGGUAUGUUCUGCUCAAAACAAUGUCGGUGUCAAAAUGGCGGGACUUGUGAUCACGUGACCGGACAUUGUCGCUGCGUUCCUGGAUUUGUCGGCCCCACUUGUGAAAUCCGAGCUUGUGAUGAUUGGAAGUUUGGAAGCGACUGUAGCAAACCUUGUAACUGUAACACAACACAGUCUGACAGCUGUCAUCCGGGUACUGGAGAAUGUAUCUGCAGCCCAGGAUAUAACGGAAUUGAUUGCAGUGAAACAUGUCCGGCGCCAUUCUACGGAGACAAAUGUGAAAAGCAGUGUGAUUGUCAAAAUGGCGCCCUCUGUCAUCACGUGACCGGGGAAUGUCAGUGCGCUACAGGAUAUAUAGGAGAAAAAUGCAAUAAGACAUGCCCAAGUGGUUGGUUUGGCAAAGACUGUACACAACCUUGUCCAUGUAAAAAUGGAGGAAAAUGUCACUUCCAGAGCGGCAGGUGCAACUGUUCCCCAGGCUUCACAGGGCCACUGUGUAAUGAGCUUUGUGAUUCUGGUUUCCAUGGUUACAAUUGUACUGAGCGGUGUGAUUGCCGGAAUGACGCCUACUGUAACCCUAGAAACGGUCGAUGUUUAUGUCGUCCUGGGUAUGUCGGCGACACCUGUGACACGGAAUGUCAGAUGUGGACCUUUGGUAAGGGCUGUGGACAGAGAUGUGAUUGUGACCCUAAUAAUAGUAACGGAUGUGGGACGGAGAACGGUGAAUGUUUCUGUCAGCCAGGCUGGUACGGUGUGAAUUGUAAGAGUAAAUGUGAAAACGGAAAAUGGGGAGAGAACUGUGAUAAAACAUGCACGUGCUACAACAAAGGGUCAUGUGACCAAGAAAACGGAAGUUGUAUAUGCCGUCCGGGUUUCCAAGGACCCAAAUGUUCGAAAGCGUGUAACGAUGGUUUCUAUGGAAACAGUUGUCGUUUUCAGUGUCAAUGCAGGCCAAACCAGACUUGUGAUCACGUGACAGGUCAAUGUAUUUCUACGACCUGCCCUGCCGGAUAUACUGGUCAGAUCUGUCAAUAUGUGUGUCCUUCCGGUAGAUACGGUAUCCGGUGUAACGAGACCUGCCCUGAUUGUCAGAACCAUGGCGUCUGUCAUUCGACAGAUGGUUCCUGUAUUUGUCAAAUGGGAUUCUAUGGAGCAACCUGUAGCAAACCCUGCCCAGAUGGUUUCUAUGGAACUGCAUGUAAAUCUAAAUGUUCUUGUGAGAAUGGCGCAAACUGCAGUAAAGUUGACGGAAAUUGUGACUGUACUUCCGGUUUCAUUGGUGUCAGCUGUUCUCAAAGUUGUCCUGAGGGAUAUUUUGGAAAACACUGCAGUAACUUAUGUGUCUGUAAGGGACUAGAAUUUUGUCAUCCGGCCUAUGGAUGUAUAAGUCAACCAAAUAUUGCCAAAAUAACGAACAGUGAGGAAAAAGGUUCCGCCAGCGGACUGAUUGCCGGAAUCACGGUGACCGUGAUCAUUCUGACACUUAUAAUUGUUAUUAUGGUUAUCUACUACAAGAGACGCAUGGGUCGUCUUAAGUCCCAGAAUCGAGCUGUAAUGCAAUACAUUCAGUCAACAGAGGGCGCUGAUGCAGCCGGUAACUUACCUGUUUCUGGAAUCAACAACCCUGUGUAUGUAUCUGACAAUCAAAACGUAUCCAACAUAGAGCGGGAAAUCCAACGUCAGCAGCGUCAGAGCAGUAACCAAGGAAACGCUUCCUGUAGUCCAAAAGAGGCUGCAUGUGGUGAAACUAAUGACCUCACAAUGGCUAAAAACGUAGAUUUUUCUUCACAUAAUGGAUGCGGUCCUACUAAUGACUUUGACGACGAUGAUGAAGUAGAUAGGUACACCACACUGCAGGACUUUCAAGCCAAGUUAGAUGAUAUAAAUAGAACUGAAAAUUUAGCAUGUGCAAAAAUGGACACCAAACAUGGAAAUAUGUACAACAACAUAAAAGUUAACAUGGAGGGUGCAACGGCAAAACGUAAUAUUCCGGAUUACGAUAAUAUCUCCGUAGAGUUAGACGCAACGCAAAGUAGUCCAGACAACGAAAGUGCCAGAAAAAAUAUGUAUGAUAAUUCUAAACCAGACCUAGUUAAAGAAAAUAGCUUCAUUUAUGACACGCCGAGAAAAACCUAUGAUAAUGUAAAUUCAGAAAGUGACAUCACAAAAGAAAAUGACGUCAUAUAUGACACACCGAGAAAAGUGCUACCUGGAAUGCUGAACACUCAAGAUGCUGUCCAAUCAGAACUGGAUGAUAUCGCUGAAACUAAUUAUGCUAUAGCGGACACACAGGAUAUCAGAAAUGGUCUCUCUGAACAUGACGUUACAGUGUUAUUAGAGGAAAUAGCUGAUCUCUCAUGAUCUACUCACAGGUAUCAUUGAAAUCGUUAUAUUUACCCUUCUUUUUUUUGAUUUAUAAGUGUACAUUAAGCACAUUAAAAAAAUAAACUGCUUUCUCAUGGAGAAACAGUUUUGUUUUCAACAUUUUAUCGACACAUUUUUGACCCUUUUUAUCGACAAUAAGUCAAUGGGAUUGGACACGUGUACCAAAAUCUGAGGUCGUCCUAUCCCCCAAACAGUUUGAAUAUUAAUAUGAUUGCAAUAUUGCCGGACAUGCUUAUGGAGAUGCCUGGAUUUCAACAGAGAUUUCAUUUUUAUCCGUAAAAGAUAUAUUUUAUUUCAUUGUAUUUUAUUCAUAUUAUUAUGCAUUUUUACUGACAUAAACUCAAGAUGUUGUUGUCAAUGCCAAUGUUUAAAAUAAUUUAUUUAUAUUAUAUAUAUUUGAAUAUUUUAUAUUUCUAGCAAAGUUUAAUUCUAGGAGUAUAAACUAUUUUAAUAAAUAUAUUUUGUUGAAAUUUAGAGAGGGAUAUGUAUAAAGAUAUAAAAUGUGAGAAACUUUUGUUGCCUGUACCAUUAAAUUUGGCUCUUUUUAUAUGUCCACUUCAAAAAUAACCGUGGAUGUUGAAUGUUCAUAUUCUUACCAGAGGUAGUAUUUCUACUAUAUAUCAUUAAUUUGCUCGCAAUCAUAUCACUAAUGAAUUACAUUGUAAUAUCUUAUCAUUAAUUUACUUAGGACAUUCCCAGUUUACAUGUACAUUUUUAUUUGGUAGUCUAAUUCUAAACGCUGUCGAUGAUCAUGUGUUUUGUUCCCCUUAGAUGAAGUUUUAUAUGUAUACAUAUAUAUCCUCAUUUGUCUCAUCACAUCAUGCAUAAUACUGUUGUUUUGUUGAUGUAUUUUAAUUAUUGUUCUUGACACAUGCUCAAUUACAAAUUUGUGCAUGAAAACAUCACUUACAUUCACAUUAAGGUCAUGUUUACAUUAAUUAAUAAAUUAAUUUUAAGACUUUCAUGUUAACAAAAUUAUU